CCCCGCAGAUCUCCAAGGGAUCGGCAACCCUUAUUCUUUCAACAGGAAACACUAACAUCUUCAAGCUGCUGAUGGGGACUAGUUUUUCCUGAAGGAUGGAUUUUGAAACAAAUCACACCGAGAGCUUGACCAGCUGCAUCCCCAACAGCUCCAAGGCUGCUCAAAACUUUUCUCUGCCUGAGCACUCACUGUCCACGAGAAGCCGGAGGCAUGUCCUCACCGGUGGUCCUGGCACAGCUGACUCUUCCCUGCCUACACUUGUCUCUGCAGGUGACCCCAGCAGGAUGAGCUAUGGCAGCUUCAUCAUGCCCACCCUGUUUGGCAUUAUCUGCCUGUUGGGCAUUGUCGGUAACAGCCUGGUUAUCUGCACAGUCUUAAAGAAAUCUGGCCCUAGCUGUAGUGUCCCAGAUAUCUUCAUCAUCAGCCUCUCCACGGUGGACCUGUUCUUCCUCCUGGGCAUGCCCUUCCUCAUCCACCAGCUGCUGGGGAACGGAGCCUGGCACUUUGGGGGGACAAUGUGCACAAUCAUCACUGCCCUGGAUGCCAACAGCCAGUUCACCAGCACCUACAUCCUCACCGCUAUGUCCAUCGACCGCUACCUGGCCACCGUCUACCCCUUCACCUCCUCUCGCUUCAGGAAGCGCCCUGUGGCAAUCCUCGUCAUCUGUGUGCUCUGGGCCCUUUCCUUCCUCAGCAUUACACCUGUGUGGAUGUACGCUCAGCUCAUCCCUUUGCCUGGAGGUCUACUAGGCUGUGGGAUUCGCCUGCCAGACCCCCAGAGGGACAUUUAUUGGUACACUCUCUACCAAUUCUUCCUGGUCUUUGCCAUCCCUUUUGCCCUCAUCACGGUAGCCUACAGGAGGAUCCUGCUGAAGAUGGCCAGAUGCUCAGAAGUGCUGAUGAGCCGAAGAUGCACCGGGGCGCGAACAAAAAAACUGACCCGUACGGCAAUUGCUAUUUGCGCGGCCUUCUUCGUUUGCUGGGCACCUUUCCACAUCCUGCAACUGGCCCAGCUCGCCAUGACUCACCCCACCCUCCCUUUCUACUACACCUACAACGUGGCUAUCAGCCUGGGUUAUGCCAACAGUUGUCUGAACCCCUUCAUCUACAUCUUGCUUGGCCAAAAUUUCCAGAGGCGGCUUGGGGUGCCGGUAAGGCCAGCAGCUGCAGGGCAGGCUUCCCCACACGGGAGCAAAAGCAUUCAGGGCGAUGCAAUUGAGUCAGGGCAGCCACUGCUGCAUUUGGUGGCCGUCUCUGGCAGGUAGCAAGACCUGCAGCACUGGGGGUACGGCUACAAGCCAGCUGCUCUCCUUUCCCAACCAGAGCACCAUGCACCGCAUCUCCUGUAGGACAGAUCUUUACCUGGCCCGGAGACAAAGUAGUGGCAGCAUCUGGGCAGAAGCUUUGUUUAGCCUUGUGUUCUUAUUUACACCUUCCCUGACCAUUAUGAAUUAUAUUCUCCCCAGGAGAUGAAAAGCUUUUGGGCAUUUUGUUACAUUAACCCACAUACUAAAAAUAUUUUGGUGAAAAACCCCAGCCAAGCAGCAACCCACCGCCCAGGGCUGAGACACUGCCACUGUUUGAAACUUGGGGAGUUCAAGGUUAUUUCUUGCUUUAAGGAGGAAAGAAGGAUUUUGUACUGCUCUGGAUUAUCCCCCUCCCCCCGAAACAUGGUUCAAGAGCAUUGCACACUUUAAGAAGAUUUUAAACAAUAAGACA